AAACGAACAGGUGCGCCAUCCGCCAAUCACCGUGUCCAGGUAAGAAUGCUGCAGGACGACUAAAUAAGAUCCACUCCUUCAUCAGUAGCACUUCUCAUAGAGGAUUAUGCACUCGGUCGAAUAAUACAUUUUAUCCGAAUGAAAGGCACGACUUGGCUUUGAAUUUAAAAGCAGGGGUGUAAUUAAGCCCUUCUUUACCACAAGGUAAAGAGGUAGGUUCGGGUCCGGGGAUAAAUUUAAUUGGAUGACACAAAACAUGGAUUGAAAAUCAUACGCGAAAAGUGUACAGCUUUCAGAAGUUGCAUGGUCUCGGGAACACGGGACAAUAUAGGGGCAAGUUAAACUAGGCAAGCUAUAUCCAAGAGCGAAAUGGCCGACAGAACUUCUUGGUGGAAAUCAUUUACAAUUCGCAAGAAAGGCGGCACAGUUUCCAGAGAUCCGGCGAUGGUCCAGCAAGAUUCUACAACGGAAACUCAAUCUGUGGAACCCACGACCCCAGCUGCUAGCUCUAAGUCAUCCACAGACUCGACGGACAACUCCCGUCUCAUUCAGAAUGAAACCUAUGACGACUCCGAGUGUGAACCAGCCUUCAACGAUAAAAGAAACAUACGGAACAUGUCAAUAUCUCGUUCCGGCCGUUUCAAAGAAAGACGCAAAAAACGAGCGACCCUAGCUGAAAAUAACAACUUCUAUGCAGGUACCAGGGCGGCUGCGGGCCAAGAGGGCUUACGCUGAUCAAACACCUUCGAUCACUUUUCUACCGGAGCGACAAUUAUUCUAUGCAUAUAGAAUAUGUAUAUAGAAUAAUUAUUAAAACUGUUCUAACAAUUAUUUAAGAAGUUUUGUAGCUAUCUACGGACCUUAUAGGCUGCUCGUUUAAUUUAUCGCACUAUAAUUCCGAGUGGAUAUAACCAAUCUGGAACUAAAAGAAGGAAGAGACGAAGCACUCAGAUUUUAGACCCAAUGCCACUGUGUACUUUCGCCAGAUAUGUAAAUGGCUUCAAUUGUGUUCUCGUGGCAUUCAUAUAUUUAUUGAAUAUUAAACUUACUUUACUCAGCAUGGGUCUAUGGGAAUGCAAGGUUAUUGUAUGUUGUCUGAAGGACAUUACAUGAAGGUGUUGUCAUACUGUAUAUUGUUUAAUGCAUAAGAUGGAACAAAUAUAGGAUCAAACGGGGGAAUUCCCAGUUGAAGAGCCUUUAGGGGAAAGACACUGUUAUCUGCCUAGAUGGGGAAAUGGAACAGAAAGAAUCAGCACUUGGGGAAAAUAAACUUCCCUAUCCAGAAUUAUGUAAAUUAUUCAGUUAUUCUACCAAACAGAAUUAUGCAGCUGUGUUUGCUUGCAAUGCUGUGGGAUUUUUUUGUGUAGACCAGGAGGGAAUACCAUGGAAGUUUCUAGUGUUUGAUGGGGAAGAGAGGGAAGUAAAUACAAAGUUGUGCAUGUGUCAGUGAGGCUUGACUUGGCUAAUUUAUAUACUGCAUUUCUUUCAUUGUAAGUCAUGCAUAUCAUGUAAAGUAAUCAGCAUCAUGUCCAGAGCUGAAUAUCCAACAACCAUUCAUGCCAAAAGAAAUGUUGUUAUUGUAGAGAAAUACUUUUUUAUCAGAUGAAUGUCAUCAUAUUUCAUUAAAUUACAGCCAUCCAUGUCACGAUGGGAGGGCAUAUAAAUGAUCUUUUUGACAUAUGUUUGAAAGUGUUGUCUUAGCAGACCCUCCAUUACCUUAUUUUUAAAUAGGUGGUAUACUGUUUGUUUUGGGUUUUUUUUUUUCUGAACCAAUUCAAUAUGUUGCUCAAGCAGUGUUCUAGCCUAUAGUAUCAACCCAAGAACCUUCUGGUUACAAGUUCUGUUUCAUACCUACUUCUCCAUGGUGUCACAGUGCAAUUUCAUCUUUUGCUGCUAGUUCUGGGAAAAGGACAACAUGGAGUGUGCAAGCAUAGUAAAUUUGAAGAUACAAUGGACUCACACAGCAAAGAAUGCAUUCCACAUCACACAUAGGAAUUAAAUCAGCUAAAGAAAAUCUAUUCAUGAAUGAGUCAUCAGCUCACAGGGAAAGAAUGUCACCAAACCCACUAUUUACUUUUUGCAGCAUUUUGUGCUGGGCAUAAUUACUGUAUGUUUACUGUACUGUUCUGAUGAAUGUGGAUCGCAGGGUGUGACAUUCACCUGCAGCUCAAAUCUGACUGACAUACGUGCAAUGCUGAAACAAGGACAAGGAAAUGUUCAACCCACCAGACAUCAUUUCCAUUGAAUGUACAGCUAAUUAAUGUUAAAACUAGUUUAACAGUGUAACAUUUGUUUUUGUUCUUGGUUUUUUUUUUUUUUUUUUUUUGA